GCUUCGCUUGCUCGGCUUUCGUGUUCUUGCUUUGCCAUUGAUUAUCAUAGUUUGCCAACACAAUUUCUUUCCCUCAAUCUUAUUUCUUGUAUUUAAAACCUAUUUUAAAACAUAAUGUCCAUGGACGCUGAAGAUCAAGUUGUAGAACCGGCACUGGGAAUUGAUGAAGAUGAUGAUAUUUCAAUUUUUCAAGAUAUCGAUCAGCUGCAAAACCAUGGCAUCAAUAUAGCUGAUAUAAAGAAGCUGAAACAAGCUGGUAUUAAUACAAUAAAGGGAAUUCAGAUGACAACAAGAAAGAAACUGUGUAACAUUAAAGGAAUAUCAGAAGCUAAGAUGGAAAAAAUCAAGGAGGCCUCGGCUAAAUUAGCUGUAACAGGAUUUUCUACUGCACUAGAAUAUGCUGAAAAAAGAAGACAGGUUUUUAAAGUAUCUACAGGCAGUCAAGAAUUAGAUAAACUACUAGGAGGUGGAAUGGAAAGUAUGGCAAUUACGGAAGCAUUUGGUGAAUUCAGAACAGGAAAAACACAAAUAUCUCAUACAUUAUGUGUGACUGCACAAAUACCCGGCAAUAAUGGCUACUCUGGAGGAAAAGUUGUAUUUAUUGACACAGAGAAUACAUUUCGUCCAGAUAGAUUAAAAGAUAUAGCAGAUAGAUUUAACUUAGAUCAAAGUGCAGUACUGGAUAAUGUUUUAUAUGCAAGAGCUUAUACAAGUGAACAUCAAUAUGAAUUACUUGAUUUUGUUGCUGCCAAAUUUUAUGAAGAACCUGGAGUUUUUAAAUUAUUGAUUGUAGACUCUAUUAUGGCAUUAUUCAGAGUGGAUUUUAGUGGAAGAGGUGAACUGGCUGAUAGACAACAAAAACUUGCACAGCUUUUAUCCAGAUUACAAAAAAUUGCUGAAGAAUACAAUGUUUCUGUUUUUGUCACAAAUCAGAUGACUUCAGAUCCAGGAGCAGGAAUGUCAUUCCAAGCUGAUCCCAAGAAACCUAUUGGUGGUCACAUCUUAGCACAUGCUUCAACAGUACGGGUUAGUUUAAGAAAAGGGAGAGGAGAAAAUAGAAUUGCUAAAAUAUAUGAUAGCCCUGAUCUACCAGAGAAUGAAGCAACAUUUGCUAUAAGUACUGGAGGAAUUAUUGAUGCCAAAGAAUAAAGAUGUGGUUAAUUCAUCAGUUAUCAUUGCAUCCUUGAAGAAAUCCCAUUAAUUUUAUGCA